CAUCUCACAUUCCUUAUUCGCUGCCCCUCACGUUGGAGAAUAGAGCGAAAGGGAGAAGAGGGCACAAGAACAAGGAGAGCAAAACGACCAUGGCAAUAUUCAAAUCGUCUCAGCUUGAGAUAUCUGAUCAGAGCACAUCUCUAACUUCGAUUUGGGCAUGGGGCACUCCCGCGAUAGACAGAGUUCUGUUGAAUGACGCUACACCUGGGCUGAGGACAAAAUGAGGGUGAUCUUCAUCCAGAACGCCGGUUUUGUCGCUGCUUUCUCGGGAGGCAAUGACGCUGAAGGUUUCGCCUUUUAGUUGUGAGUUAAUGAUGUUGGCAGAAUUUUUACGGUAGAUAAUGUGAACGACCCAGAAUAAAGGACAGACGACGAGAUCAUGACAGUGUAAUAACGUGAGAGUAGAAUAGCCCUAUGAUAUUUUGAUAGCUGAUAGUUUUUUGUAGACAGAUCAAUUUUGCUCACCAUUGUCCAUAACCAAGGAGACAAUGUAAUAUCGAAAGUGUAUCCUGCUUCCGACAUGCCGUCUCCUGUCAAAAUCUGAUGUAUUUAUAAAGCCUACUGUAGCCCUAGAAUGUAUACUAUGAUAUCCAAUGCAAUAUGUAUCAGGCUUUUUAAAAUAAGAUUAUGUCCCCUAGGCUUACGCUUUUUUAUUUAAUCGGAUAAUUAUGAUUCUUAUGAAGUGAUAAACGGAUGAAUAAGCCCAGUUAAGGGAAGGAUUUUCUCUGUUCACAAAAAGAUGAACAUAUAUGAGUGAUUAGACAAUCGGAAUGUUAGUUUCCAUGUCAUAUUAUAAUAAUUACGCAUUAUAGCUUGUAAUUUAUUUAUUUAUUAAGACUAUUAUUAGGCCUAUAAGUAUUAUAUUUUCAAUAUUUGUUACAGUUAGUUAGUGUGAAAUAUUUAACUGUGGGAAGUUAGAUAAAAUACUUCCCUAGAGAUGGAAACCGCUUUUCUAUCAGCACACCGGGGUCUAUCUCGUCCCGAGGCCAAACAAGCCCAAACCACAGCGGGAACACCGAUAGGCGGUGGUCCCUCUUCACCCCUGCCUGCCAGCAAUUCAAUGGCAGAGACCCCGGCAGUUAUUGAUGGAAGGCGAAACUCAGGCGUGAAGAAACACCACCACAAACAUAACCUGAAACACCGCUACGAAUUGCUGGAGACACUCGGGAGAGGAACCUAUGGCAAAGUCAAGAAGGCAAUCGAGCGUCAUUCUGGGAGAGAGGUGGCUAUCAAGUCCAUUAGGAAGGAGAAGAUCAAGGACGAACAGGACAUGGUUCACAUCCGCAGGGAGAUCGAGAUCAUGUCCACCCUUCGCCACCCCCAUAUCAUCUCUAUAUACGAAGUGUUUGAGAACAAGGAUAAGAUUGUGAUCGUGAUGGAGUACGCCAGCAAAGGCGAGCUGUACGAUUACAUCAGCGAACGGCGGCGACUGAGCGAGCGAGAGACACGACACUUCUUCAGACAGAUAGUGUCUGCCGUGCACCACUGUCACAAGAAUGGAGUGGUUCACAGGGAUUUGAAACUGGAAAAUGUUUUACUGGAUGAAAACUGUAACAUCAAGAUAGCUGAUUUUGGGCUGUCCAAUCUUUACCACAAAGACAGACUCCUCCAGACCUUCUGUGGCAGCCCACUCUAUGCAUCACCGGAGAUUGUUAACGGGAGACCCUACCACGGCCCAGAGGUGGAUAGCUGGGCUCUGGGGGUGCUGCUGUACACCCUAGUCUAUGGAACCAUGCCGUUUGACGGAGGCGACCACAAGAACCUGAUCCGCCAGAUCAGUAAUGGAGAAUACAGGGAGCCCACCCAGUCCUCAGAUGCCCGCGGUCUGAUCCGUUGGAUGCUGAUGGUGAACCCGGAGCGCCGCGCCACGGUGGAGGACAUCGCCAACCACUGGUGGGUGAACUGGGGCUGGAAGAGCAGCGUGUGCGACUGCGACACCCCGCGAGACCACGGAGGUUCACCCAUGCUGGCCCGUUUCAUCGACUGGCAGAACCGCAGCUCGGAGCCCAGGCCCGCAGGAGGGAACAAGCCCUCGUCGUCCGCCUUGCUCCUCCGCCAGAGGCCCAAGAAGUCCAAGAAGGAGAACGAGGGCGGAUCGCCACACAGUGGCGGGGAGGAGAACAAGCCGGGUCUGAAGAGGCCCAAGGGCAUCCUGAAGACCAGGGUGAUGGAGGAGCAGCGCUCCCCCAGCCUGGAGGAGGGGGAGCUGGGCAUGGCCAUGCUCAGAGGCAUCCCUGCAGGCGGAGAACCAGCCGAGUCCAGCCCGGACCCAGAAGAAGAGGAGCCAGCCCUGGUGGGGGGCUCCCCGGCCAAGAUGGUGCCCACCCUCCCUAAGAAGGGCAUCCUGAAGAACAACCAUCAGAGGGAAUCAGGGUACUACUCCUCUCCAGAGCGCAGCGAGUCAUCUGAGCUGCUAGGGGGCGCUUCCAUGUCCCUGGUGGCCAGCUCCCCGCCUAGGAGAGCCGUGGGGAGGAAAGGCAUCUUGAAGCGCAACGGGAAGUUCUCCACCUACAGCGGGCCUCCCACGGGCCUGGUGGUGGCAGGUGGCAAGCUGGGCGGGGAGGCCCCAUCGGCCCCCUCCUCCUCAGGGGACUUGGGGCUGUCUCGCAGCCAGAGCAGGCCCUCCAGCAUGGUGGGAGAGGACAUCAGCGUCCUGUCCUCCCCCAGCUCCCCUGACUGGCCCCCCUCCGCCCCGCACCGCCGCCCCAACAUCAGGGCCUGCGUAUCGGCCGAAAACCUGCUGCAGCUGGCCAGCUUCCAGGGCUUCCAGGCUGCUCCUCCUCUCCAGGGAGCGAGGUUUGGCCGAGGGCCCAGAGCCAGGGGCUCUCCGGGGGACAACGGCAGCUUCUCCUUGCUGGGGGACCUGGAGGACAUGACUCAGGUGUACCAGCAAGCCCUGGACAUCAGCAGCAACCUCACCUAGGGGGAGUAGAAGUGGGGAACGAAGAGGCUGAAAGAUGGCCAGGCUGAAAAUCAGAUGCGUGGGUGUGUAGGAGUGUACAUGUGUGUGUGUGUGUGUGUGUAGACAAGUGUGUGAGUGUGUGUGUGUGCGAGCGCAUGUGUGUUCGUGUUUGUGUGUGCGUGUGCGUCUGUGUGUGUGUGGCAUUGACGACCAGUGUGUUGCUGGGAUACACCUUUUCGGAGGUUGUAGUUUCCCGAUGGGGGUUCAAUUCCUGGUGGAUACUUUAUAUGUACACACACACAUACACACACACAUACGUACACACUUCUGUGCUUUUCUCAAACAAGAAGACAUCUAGUUAAAAGGGUUCCAAGAACGUGUGAAGAAACCGGUAGCUGGCACGAACGAACACCACCCUGCCGCCUCCUUCACCCACCCAUAGACUUUGCUGUGUUCAAAAUGUUUACAUAUUCAGCGAAAGGCAAGUUAGAAUCACAAACACAGCAAUCAGAAGCUGGUUGUCUCUCUUAGUAAAACGACAAGUUUUUGAGUUUGAGUUUACAAAAGCACCUUAAAACUCACACAGAGCAAAUGUUUUUGUGAUCUUUACUUCCUGAUAAAAACAAACAAACCAGGGUCUUGCUCCAAAAAUAACUGACAAUGUUGAUUAUUUAUUAAUAUUUUGUGUAGAUUUUAGUUUUUACAUACCAAAAACUGGUGGGUGCUGGCUGUACUGGAAGAGUCAAAAGCUCACUGUCUCCAACCCUUUGUGUGGAACUGACAUAUAUAAUAAUGUUCCUCUAUGAAGAGAAACAUAUAUACUCGAUAUAUAAGUAUGGCUGAGUAUGUAAGCCACUCAGACAUGUAUAUCACUAUAAAAGUGUAUGUCCUAUAUACGACCAUAUGAUACUAGGGAUAUGUAGGAAGUGCCUUUUUUAUGAUCCAUAUAAAAUUAUCUAUGUCAUUUCCUAAAAGUGGAGCGAGAGGCCAGGCCAGGUCACCAGUGGGGCUGUUUUUCAUUCUGUAGGUGAAUGUGGAGAGACCCAGGACCUUUCAAAUGCACCGCAACCUCUGACCUUACCCUUUAAAAGUUCACAACAACCUUAAAAAAAAAAGAAAAUGAGAGAAA